AAACUUAUCAUUUAUAGCUCUUUUUCUUGAUCAGCUUUUGUACGUGCAUUGAACAUAUAUAUCCGAGAUGGUACUAAUUAUAUAUUGUGAUCAAUAUAUAUAGUUUGAUCGCGUUUGUUUAGAUUCGCUCCGUUGUUUCCCAGUAAACUAGCUAGCUAGGGAGAUUUUACAGCUAAAAUGGCAGCGGAAGACGAAAAGAAGGAGAAAGAAAAAGAUGGAAAGAAAGAGAUCAAAGAAAAAGUGGAGGAAGUGAUCAACGCUGUUUACAGAGUUAACCUACAUUGCCAGCAAUGUGCACGCGAUAUCAGUAAGCCUCUUAUGCGCACACAAGGAGUUCACGCUGUGGAUGCUGACUUCGAGAAGGGUGAAAUGAAGGUUAAAGGAGUGAUCGACCCGAUUAAAAUGCAGAAACGAAUAGAGAAACUGAGCAAGAAAAAGGUUGUGUUGGUAUCACCCAUAGUGAAGCCCAAGGAAAGUGUUACAAUCGAGAAGAAGAAAGAACCAAUUAUGCGCACAACAUCGGUGAAAGUUCACAUGCACUGCGACAAAUGUGAGCAGGACUUGAAGAAGAGGCUGCUCAUGCACAAAGGUAUUCACAGUGUUAAGACUGACAUGAAAGCACAAACUCUGACAGUUGGAGGAACCAUUGAGCCUGAUAAUCUACUAUCCUACUUGAAAAAGAAGGUGAACAAACUUGCAGAAAUUAUAACCUCGAAACAAGCUGAGAAAAAGGAGGAGAAGAAAGAAAAGGAUGAUCAGAAACCCACCCAGAAAGCCGGUGAUGGUAAACCCAAAGAGAAACCCACCGAGAAAUCCGGUGAUGGUAAACCCAGUAGUACUACUGAAUCAACGAAGAUUAUAGAAGUUUUUAAGGAAGCUGAUCAGACAAAGGUUGUGGAGGUUAAAGCCAAGGAGGGCAAUGCUCCAUAUUUUAUACAUUAUGUCUAUGCUCCUCAAUUGUUUAGUGAUGAAAAUCCAAAUGCUUGUUCUGUAAUGUAGAUGGAUAAUGAUGAUCAUACAUAUAUAUAUAUAUAUGUAUAUGUAUAUAGUGCUUGAAAGAGUACUUCUAACUGGGUGAUAUCGAUACGUACUGUUGUUUUUGUCCGAAAAAGAGGGCUAUAUCCCGAUUUUAUAUAAUUUAUACUCUCACUUGUAGAUCAGGAUGAAACCGAAACAGUACCUUCUUACAAAAGAGUUGGCCAAUGAUAUUUAAAAGCUGUAUAGUACUAGUACUGAUCUAGCUUGUCACUUUAUUGGGGAUUCUUCCCAAUAUUAAUU